AUGCCUCAAUCUCCGAUAAGUGGUGGUCGUCACGACUCUAAGGUCGCUGAUAGACUCGAUGCUCAAAACAGCAACGUUAAAAGUCACGGAAGCCCAUCAGAAACAAACUCUGAAUCUCAGCAGCAUCAACGCAAUGACAGUAGCCCUCACAAUAAAGAGCAGAGAGCAGAUUCGAUGGAUAAUGGGAACCGCCGCGAAGACAUUUGCGCAAGUAAUCGCUUCAUGCCUCAAUCUGGAAAACCCGCGGGAAUUCUUAACACCUCAGAGGAGAAAGACGACCAGCCUCGCGAAGAUAUUGCUGCCAGUAAUCGCUUCAUGCCCCAGGCUGGAAAGCCGACAGGGACAUCGACACUUUGA